AUGGAGGAAUGGGAGAUUCCCACUUCUUUAGGACCCACAGAAGCCAAAGAGAACACCUCAUCACCAAUAGUUAACAGGUCUUGUGAGAAUCUGGAAUGCUACAUGGUUCUCACCGAGGCAGAGAAGACAGCCAUCGGCUCCAUCUGUUUCCUGGGAGGUCCUAUCACACUGCUGGAAAAUGCUCUUGUGUUGGGAGUGAUCGCCGCCACAGCCACCCUGCGGCAGCGGCCUUCAUAUCUGUUCAUUGCCAGCCUCGCUUUGGCUGAUGUCUUCGCCAGCUGCUUCUUCACUACCAGCUUCCUGGAUUUUCACCUCUUUCGCCGCAGUGAUGGCCCCACUGCCUACCUCUUCAAAUUAGGUGGAGUCACCAUGGCCUUCACCAGCUCAGUGGGGAGUUUACUGCUGACCGCUCUGGAUCGCUACCUCUGUAUCCACCAGGCCUGCAGCUAUAAGGUGAUGCUUACCCGUCGGCGAGCCCUGCUGAGUCUGCUGAUCCUCUGGAGCGCCACCAUCUUCAUCUCCUUCUUGCCUUUGAUGGGCUGGAGGUGUCCCACAGUGCUUUCUCCACCCUGCUCAAGCCUGUUUCCCUACAUCAACCAGGGCUAUCUGGCAUGUUGGACCAGCUUCAUACUGGUGCUUCUGGCUCUCAUUUUGUGGGCUUAUGCUCUCAUCCUGUGGAAGGCCCACCGCCACGUGUCCUCCAUGACCAACCUCCAGGGAGCAGCAGGGACAGGCCAGGCCCGCAUGAGGAUGGAUAUCCGUCUAGCACGUAUGUUUGGCCUGAUCCUACUCAUACUGGUGGGCUGCUGGCUUCCUGCACUCUCCUUCAUGUUAGUGGAUGUCUCUGUGGUCUUGACUCACACCCAACAGAGGGCCUUCGCCUUUUGCAGCACCCUCUGCCUGGUCAACUCUGCAGUCAACCCACUACUGUAUGCACUGCGCUGUCGAGAGCUGAGAGUUGCUCUGCUGCAGUUGCUACAAAGGCUGUGUGAAACUGGGAGGUGUAAACAAACUACAGACGAUUUAACCUCACAAUUACCCUCCAAAGAAGACAACAACUGUACUGCCUUCACCGAGAAUAAUGAGAUGCCCAGGACCCUCCGAUCAAUCUCAGAAAUGGUGAACGAUGAGAAGAAGAACUUUAGAGAGUGA